AUGCAGGCUAUCCUUCUUGAGCCGAAUCUCAUGUCGUUUGUCUUUGAGGACAAAGCUGAUGCCCAAAAAGUCAUUAACCUUUCUUGGAAUUUUAGAGACUCACAAGUCCUGCUCCAACACUGGCCUCCUGAUAAAGCCCUAUCCGACAUUGACCUAACCAAAGCCAUCUUCUGGGUUCAACUAUCAAACUUACCUGUAUGCCUCAUUACCCACUCAAAUGCUUCGAGAUUUGGGGCCAUGCUAGGAAGGUUUAUCAAAGCUGAUCUACAUUCUUCUGCCCAAAGAUGGAAAAAAGCGUUGCGCUCACAGCUUGAGAUCACCACUUCGAGGCCUCUCAUUGAUCACAUCAUCAUUCCUUGCCAAGGGAGAGAUGAUCUUCACGUUGAAAUCAGGUAUGAAAGACUUGCUGACUUUUGUUAUGUUUGUGGUUUGUUGGGUCACAAAGUCCAGUCCUGUAAAUACAAAAGGUGUAAUGGUGAUAUGGGGGUUCCUGAUAUGAAGUUUGGGCCAUGGUUGAAAGCCGAAAGCUCCCUUACCCCUAAUCCAUUCAUACCAAAACCAAACCAAUCCCUUCAUGGUGCACCUCAAGACCCUCACCCGUCUUCCCCAAAGCCUGCAAAAGAAACCACCAUGGAAAAAUCUAGAUUGGGGAACAUCCAGCAAAGAUUAGAUAGAGGGGUGGCUAAUUCUCAAUGGUACUCCCUCUUCCCUAAUGCCAGUAUUCACCAUCUCCCCGCCAUCUCUUCUGACCACUCUCCUAUACUUCUCACUACCAAUAAUGAUGACCAUCUACCAAAGCCUUUCAAAUUCGAAGCCAUGUGGCUAUCUGACCCUUCUUGUUUUGACACUGUCCAGCUUGGUUGGUCUAUUCCUGUCUCUGGCUCUCCCCCCCUAAAAAUUCACUCGAGGAUUAAAAAUGUGAAAAAAGCACUGAAAACUUGGAACCUCAACCAGUUUGGGAAUUGUCAUUCUAAAAUCAAAGAUCUCCAGCUCCAAAUUGAAUUGAUUCAAAAAAAAGAUAAGUCUGUCACAAAUAUUGCUAUUGAUGAAAGUUUACAAACUGAGUUCGACAUGUGGCUUUGUAGAGCUGAAACUUUUUGGUGGCAAAAAGCAAAAGACAAAUGGCUUUCUGAUGGUGAUGCCAACUCAAAAUAUUUUCAUCUUUGUGCAAUCAUUCAUGCAAAUUCUAAUAAAAUUGCUUCUAUUAAAAGCUUGGAUAAUAUUGUUCAUUAUGAUAGAGAGGCUAUUGAUCUUAAUAAUUUAUUUCAUAGGGUUAUCAAUGAGGAGGAUCACUCUGAACUAUCUGAGAUUCCCACUCCAAAAACUAUCAAGCAGUUCUUCUUCAAGACUGGCCAACUCUUAAAAGCCCUCAACUGCACCUUCAUUGCUCUUAUCCCAAAAUCUCCAAAUGCUUCGAGAGUUGACCACUAUAGACCUAUUAGCCUUUGCAAUGUCACAUACAAAACCAUUUCCAAAAUUCUGGCUAAUAAACUUAAAACUCAUCUGCACAAAUUUAUAUCCCCAUUUCAGUCUGCCUUUGUCCCCGGUAGGAAUAUCCAAGAUAAUAUUGUUAUCUCCCAUGAAAUUAUGCACUAUCUUCAUAAAAAGAAAGGGAAGAAAGGUUUUAUGGCCAUCAAGGUUGACCUGGCCAAGGCCUUUGACAGAAUCGAGUGGGAUCUCUUGUUAUGCAUUCUUGAUAAUCUUGGUUUUUGCAGCUCUUUCACUGGAUGGAUCCGAGAAUGCAUCUCAUCUUCAUCACUUUCGUUUCUAAUUAAUGGCUCACCCCUUGGAAGAGUGGCUCCUAGGAGAGGAAUUAGACAGGGAGAUCCUCUAUCCCCCUCUCCUUUUGGUUGUUAUAUUGAACUCCUCUCUAGAAGGCUUUCAUUUGCUGAAAAUUCAAACCUCUUUAAAGGUGUUAAGAUUUCUAGAACUGCUCCUACUAUUUCUCACCUUUUAUUUGCUGAUGACUUGGUUAUUUUUUGCAGGGCCACCACACAAGAUGCAGCUUGCAUUAGGAACAUUCUGGACAAAUUUUCUGAUUGGUCUAGCCAACAUGCUAAUGCAGACAAGUCUCACAUUCAUUUCAGCAAAAACACAGCUCCUCAAGAAAAAAUUGCUAUUCUUAAUACCCUGGGAUUCAGAGAAUGUAAUCAUAAGACCAAGCAUUUGGGCCUUCCUUUCUGCAACCCUAAAUCUAGAACAACUGCAUUUCAAGACAUCCAGGUCAGAAUUAAUUCGCAACUCAAUGGGUGGAAAGCAAAGACCUUAUCCAAAGCAGGAAGAACCAUUCUUAUCAAAGCUAUCAAAGCUGUUGCACUGACCAUACCCUCAUAUAUCAUGUCUGUCACACUUAUCCCAAAGAGCAUUUGUCUUAGCAUUGAUGCAAGGAUUAGAAAGUUCUGGUGGGGCCAAAAUGCUAAUGGCAAUUCUCUGAUGCUUAAGUGUUGGGAUUCCAUUUGCCAACCUAAAUCUAGUGGGGGCUUGGGAUUCAGAAGAAUGGAGGAUAUCAACCAUGCGCUUUUCUCGAAGUUUUCUUGGAGCAUGGCAACAAAUAAAGAGAAACUUUGGGUGACCCUUCUUGCUGCAAAAUAUAUGAGAGGGAAGUACUUUCUCCACUCAGAUCUCUACUCAAAUGGUUGUUCUUGGCUUUGGUCUGAUAUUAAUAAGACUAGGGACAUUAUUUUAAAGGGUGCUUGCUUCUCCAUAUGCACCAACUCAACUGUUCUAACUUGGAAAGAUCCCUGGUUACCUUCCAUGCCUGGUUUUAAACCUCCACUUGAACCCCAAAACCCUUAUUUAAUUCAAUCUGCUCUCAUUAAAAACCUUCUUCUUGAAGAGAGUCCCUCCUGGAAUCUUAAUCUCCUUAAUACAUAUUCCCCCCCAUAUGUUGUUAAUGAGAUUAAGAAAAUCCAAAUCUCUCCUUUGGCUUUGCCUAAUACACUCUUUUGGGUUCCCUCCAAGUCAGGGAACUUCUCAACAAAAAGUGCUUACAUUACGGACCAAGCUCACCGUUUUACCCACGCUUACUCUGCUAAUUCUCUCAACUGGAAAAAUCUUUGGUCUAUCAAUAUGCACAACAGACACAAGCUGCUCCUUUGGAGAAGUGUGGAACAUCUCUUCCUCCAUUGCCCGUUUAUUCAGCAAAUUUGGUUCAUCUCUAAAUGGAACAUUCGUAUUGAUCCUUUUAGGAAUGAACCAAUCAAUCACUGGCUCAACCUCAUCUUGGAUAGGAAUAAUAAUUUUCUCCCCAACCCCACCAUUAGAAACGAGUUUGUUAUUUUCACUGCAGUUCUCUUUGACUUGAUUUGGAUGAAUAGGAACAAAGUUGCUCAUGGAGCUCAGUCUUUACCCUUGCAGGAUCUCUUGAAGGCUGUAACAAAGAGCACAAAUGAGCACUGGGAGAGCCAACAAUUCAAGAUGAUUAAAGCUGGGAAUUCAUGCAGCUUUGUUUGGACCAAGCCUCCAAGUGACUGGAUCAAAAUUAAUACAGACUCCACUUUCAUCAAUGGACAUGCAAUGGCCAGCUGCGUCAUUAGAAACUCAAAUGGAUCAAUCAUUUUUGUCUCCACAAAAUCUCACGUGUGCAUGGACCCCAUGGUUGCCGAGUCAUUAGCUAUUUUGGAUGCAUGCAAGCUCAUUAACUGUGCCCAUACUCAGAAUGCCAUUUUUGAAUCUGAUUGCAUCAACGCUAUCUACUGUAUUCAAGGUCGAAAAGGAGCCUUCCAAUGGACGUCUGAAAUUCCUAUUGCUGAGAUUAGGAGGUUCUGGGGUCUCUGGCCAAAAUGGCGAUUCAAAUUUGCAUCAAGAAAUUCGAAUUCUACAGCUCACCAUCUUGCAGUGUGGGCAAAUAGUGUUAAUUUUUGUGGUGUUGUUCCUUUUUGCGAUAUUCCUAUUUCAUGUUUGGGUGAUGGUGGAUCACCUUUGUUUGACGCUUGUAAUUUCUCCUUUGUUUAA